GCGUAGUUUAUGGUUUAUGACGUUGACAUGGGACAGGACAAUGGAUUAAGAGACUUAAGAGUGUUGUUUACAAUACUAAACUAAACCUUAAAUCUUGGCAUGUUUCAUUUCACCACUUCACCGUUUUGAGCAACUCUCUCUGUCUCUGUUUCUCUCUAAUGGCUGCACUCUUUCAAUCUGAAACUAAUCAAACAGGCUUUUUUAGUAUCGACAUGUAAGGUCUUUUCUUCCCCCCUUAAAAAUAGUUCAUUUGUCGAAAUUUGACUGCAUCUUCAUUUGUAUUUCCUGAAUCAUCAUAAGAAGGAAGUUUCUGCUAAUUAUUUUAUACCAAGUACUAUGUGAGUGUUCGCCUUAGGGAAAGAUGAAAUUGAAGUCUAAGAAAGGAUGGAAAUCUAUUGUACCUCUUCAUUUAAAAGGAAAAUCACCGGUGACUCGUUUUUCUUUAUUUCGCAAAGUAAAUUCAGCUAGCCAUGGACCUGGAAAAACUCCAGUUUAUCUUAAUGUGUAUGACUUGACACCCAUGAAUGGUUACGUGUAUUGGGCCGGUCUUGGUAUCUAUCACUCUGGUGUCGAAGUUCAUGGUGUCGAAUAUGCAUUUGGAGCUCAUGACUACCCAACAAGCGGUGUUUUUGAGGUUGAACCUCGGCAAUGCCCAGGCUUCAAGUUCAGGAAGUCGAUAUUCAUCGGAACUACAUCUUUGAAUCCUGUUCAGGUUAGGGAGUUCAUGGAAUGCGAGUGUGCAAACUACAACGGCGACACAUAUCACUUAAUUGCUAAGAACUGCAAUCACUUCUGCAAAGACAUAUGCUACAAGCUUACAGGGAAAUCAAUUCCAACUUGGGUAAAUCGGCUUGCUAAGCUAGGUUCAAUUUGCAACUGCAUUCUUCCAGAAGCACUAAGAAUUUCUUCUGUGGGGCAUGAUCCUAAUCACGAGGCACGUGAUAGUGAAAAAAGAAGGCUAAGAAGUGCUUUCAAUUCAUUGUCCUCAAUCUCAAUGCGUCAAAAGCAGUUAUCCAAAUCUUCAUUGUUUCUACAGUCACCCUUAAGAGGUUGUUUAUCAUCAAAGUGGCCAUCAUGGGAAUUGAGCAAAUCUAUUAAUCGUUCCUUCAAAGAAAGGUAACUGUUUCUUUGUAUCUUGAAAAGGGUCUGAAUGAAUGAGAUGCAUGUUUGUAAUUUGUACCAUCCUUGUAUUAUUAUUUUUGAGGUAAUGUACCAUCUCUUGUUUGUGCUAGUCUUUUGUAAGUAGCUUUUGUGUUUGUGAUACAUUUUUAUUUAAUUAUUUAUUGGUAUUUGUAUCGUUCCAAUUUUAUCGGAUGUCCCUGAAGGGACUAUUGUUAUUGUUUUUUUCCCGUUAAA